UGUUUAAAUCGUUCAACAUGCUUCUCAUGGAUAACAAAGUUAGGCUUCUUCAGAUUUUAUUCAUUGUUCAAGAUCAUCAAAAUACCGUUUUAUUAUUAACACAAUGUUUGUUUGAUUAUGUUGCAGCGAUGUAGGAUUCAUGCAUUUGUGCCUACAAGUGUGGCACCUAAUAUUGAGAAUAUAGUAUCUGUGGGUGACAUGUUCUUAUUUCAGAACUUCACUGUGAAGGUCUGCAGAAAUGAAGACAAGUUCAGACCAUUACAAAAACAAAUCCAGAUUCAGUUCACAAGUGACACAACUGUGAAAAAGCUGGAAGAAAAUUAAAUCAGUAUUGAAAAACUCUGCUUUGAUUUUUAUGACUUUCAAGAUUUGAAGAGUCUUGCGAAUCAGACUACAUACCUCGCUGGCAAGAUUACAGUGAAGUACUAUAAUCGUUAUUUUCUAACAUAAUGUUGUAUUCUUACAUCAACUACUUAAAUUGUUUGUAGAUGUCAUUGGAGUAAUGGAAGAGCAUGAACCUGCAGGGAAAAUCAAAAAUAGAAAUGGAGUCAUACAAAAUCAAAUUAAGUUUACUAUUACUGAUGGACAUUCAAGUGUGAGGGUUACUUUUUGGGAUGAUUUUGCUGAAAUAUUUUCCGAAGAACUUAAAUUGCCAACUGAGUGUCCUAGAAUUCUUAUAAUAAGAAGUGGUAGGAUCCAGCUUUGGGAAGAGGCGGUGGUAAUAACAAAUGUGGGAGCAACUACAGCACAUAUCAAUUGUGAACACCAUAACGUUGCAAAAAGUCGGAAAAGACUGAAAUCCUGUGUUUAGUACAAUUAACCAAAUUCAAACCUUUAAAAAUGUGGUUCAAUGCUACAUGCACCUCCUGUUAUGUGAAAACUCAAACAGUUGGAACAGAGGAAUUUUGUGCAUCGUGUGAGAGAAUCGUCCCAUACCCAGAUAUGAGAUUUGAGAUUUUUUGUGAAGCAAGGGAUGAAACUGGUUCAUGCCACAUAAUAUUACAAGAUAGGGAAGUUCGCAGUAUAGUUGGUAAAGCAGUGUCUCAGUUAAUUGACGAGGGCAUUGAGGAAGAGACUGUCUGGCAGAUCUUUCAUUCUAUAGAAAAUAUUCGGUGCACCGUAAAGAUUUCAUUAACAGAGAUGAAUAUUACGCAGAGGAAUGAUUACUAUGUUGCCACAGAUAUCUGCGAAGGAUUGUUUAACCCAACUCCUGAUAUGGAAGAAGAGAGUUACCCCCAUCCAAUUGAGGAUAGCAUUGCAGAAAUGUCUGGGACAACACAACAAACUGAAUCCAUCAAUACAGCUCAUCUAGCAUCAAACAGCUAGAAUAACGAAGAAGAUCGAAGCAAUGGAAGAUUUUAUCACCAGAAAUGAAAUUCAUUUCCAUGUCAUUAAAUUAAGUAUAAUAGUAGUGUAAUAUUAGCACUGGACUAUGAUAUAUGUAUGCUGAUCUUUUAUUCAACAUAAGGUAGUCUUCUAUCAGGAAAAAGUAGUCUGUCCAACUAUUUAAGACAUAUGUUUAUCCUAAGAUUUUAUUUAUCUUAA